GAUGGGGCUGCCGCGUUACCAGCGGGGUUAGGUUGCCUUACUCAAGGGCACCUAUUGUAUUAUUAAUAUGCAAAAUGUCACUGGGAUCCCAAGUUCCCUUGACUGACUUCCUGCACAAAAUAUGCAUGCUCAGAUAAUGUAAAAGAAUUACUAAUUACACAUUUAAAAAGUAUUUUUACCCCCCAAAAAAUAAGAAAAAGCAUAAACAGUGAUUUAUAUUAUCAUUUUUAAAAUUCAGACAGGGGGUGGGUGUGUCAGCGGUUGUACUGCGUGGGCAGUGAUGGUAUGUCAGGGUUCAAAUGCAUUUAUUUUAGGUUUUGAAGAUGGUGUUGAGUUACUGUUUAAUCAUAUUGUGGCUGCUGAGAUUAAUCAUGUGACCCAUUGGAGGGGUCCAGACCCCUUAGAUUGGGAACUACUGCUCUAGAAUAUUAAAAUAUAUACUGAGAAUUCACACUCAUACUGCUGAACACUUUAAAACCCGUUUUACUGCGGAGGAUGUGGGAUAUCAAUAGCCUUCGGUUACCUCUUAGCAGCUCCUCAGUUGGAUGGAAGUUGUUGCUGAACAAAAGUCUAAAAAUCUCUGAACAUAAAGCUCUCCCAAGUGUGAGUAAAUAAGAGGCUCCAAUGUAACUCUUGAUUGCCAACUGUAUGUAACAAUAACUGAACUCCAGUAUCCAACUGUGCCUACCUGCCUGGGCUUAAGAGUAUAAUCACACACUCCCACUGGUGGUAAGUGGUAGCUACCAUUUAGGAAACAAAAUAUAGUUUUCAACAUUUUUUUUUGGUGCAUUUUAUGGUGCCACUCAUUCAACUGAACUGCUGUGUUUAGAAGCUUUCAUUUACUGCUCUUUUGAUGUCUGGGUUUCAAAUACAUGAUCUUUCACUGUUAUUGCUGUUUUUCUUUUGGGUUUAGAAAACAGAUCAGUUCUGUUCCAGCUGCUCACUGCAAUAGAUAGUUAUGUAAAAUGAGAAAUAUUCCAAAAUGAUCCAUGCAAAUGUAUGUAAUGGUGUGCUGUGCUACUUUAUCAGUCUGGGGUAGAUGACUGAAAGAAGAUACACUGAUGUGAGAAUGACUCAACAAUUAAAAUGCCUUUUUUUGUCAGUUUAAUUUUCUCUCUUUGUACAUGUUCAGCUUUGCCUGCCUUGUUUUUUUUAGAAGCAGUGUUUGAAUUUAUACAUUAUGUCACCUUCUUAAAACAGUACCAACCGUUGUAUCUUUAUUUUGUCUGGAAACUGUCUUUAACCGAGUGAGAAGGGGCAGUAGGUGUGUUUUAAUACUUCUAGAGAGAGUAAAAAAGGUUUUAAAUCAAACUUGUAAAACAGAAACAAGUUAAUUCUACUUCCCACUUUUGAGUUGCACACAUACUACCAACCCCUGUUAAAAUUGGUGUUACAGUUUCAUCUGUAAAGCCACAGGGGGACUCGAUGUUGCAUUUGCAUUUAUUUCAGCCGAAAUACACUGCCUGUUGUUGUUCGAUGUCACACGCUGAUUUGACUGGUAAAUGUGAUGUGUAAAAGACGUGUUUGCUCACAUGUCCCUUUAUGUUCAUUAUCACAUCAUCAGUAAAAUACGGUCAGACUGAAUUAAAACUCUGGCUUUCUCUGUUUUUGUCUGUAAUGCGGGAAUGUAUUCUAUUAUGCUUUUAUAAAACACUCCUGUGCUUUGCAGACAAUUAAUUUGAAAUCGAUCCCUGGCACUCACCUUUUCAUCUGCCCAUAUUCAUGUCUGUACACCUGAAUCGCCAUUGAUAACACAUCUAGGAGGGACAGUGAUAUUAUAUUCUGACCUCAUUUGCAGCAUGAGGGUGGAGAUCUCUCAUCACUGAGGGGCUAGAGCUUGUCUGUGUUCUGUACCUCCCUCUUCUGCCUGAUUACACACUUCCUUGGCGUUUGUGCAAGAGAAAUGGGUACAAGUGUAAAUCAGUUAAAGAAGUUUUGAGAGAAAAGGGGAAACUUUGCUUUACUUUUUGUGGGCAAUAGAAUCUUCAGAGGGCAGUUGGACAUUUUUUGAGUCCUCUUCAUCCUGUUUGACUGCCAUGCCUGCUUACACAGUGACAGUUUCCACUGGGAGCCAGUGGUUCGCAGGGACAGAUGACUAUAUCUACAUUACGCUGGUGGGCACGGAGCGAUGCAGCGAGAGAACACUGCUGGACAAACCUCUGUACAAUGACUUUGAGAGGGGGGCGGUGGACUCCUAUGACGUGAGGGUCGGGGAGGACCUGGGUGACAUUGUGUUGGUGAAGAUUGAGAAAAAGAAGUACUGGGUGCAUGAUGACUGGUAUUGUAGGUACAUCACAGUCAAGACCCCAUCUGGGGACUAUGUGGAGUUCCCCUGCUUCCGCUGGCUGGUGGAUGACAAGGAAGUGGUGCUACGUGAUGGAAGAGCACAUCUGCCUCAGGAUGAUAAGACCAGCCUGGUCAAGCAGCACAGACAAAAAGAGCUGGAUAUGAGAAGAAAAACCUACAGAUGGAAGGAGUGGCAGCCAGGUUUUCCUAUGAGCAUAGAUGCUAACAGACACAAGGAUUUGCCCCGGGACAUCCAGUUUGACAGUGAGAAGGGAGUGGACUUUGUGCUGAACUACAGUAAGGCAAUAGAGAACCUAUUUGUGAACCAGUUCAUGCACAUGUUCCAGUCCUCCUGGAGCGACUUCGCAGACUUUGAGAAAAUCUUUGUGAGAAUCAAAAACACAAUCUCAGAGUAUGUGAUGCAACAUUGGAAGGAGGACUUCAUGUUUGGGUACCAAUUUCUAAAUGGUUGCAACCCCGUAAUGAUCCAAAAGUGCACCAAACUUCCUGACAAGUUUCCUGUCACUCAUGAAAUGGUCUCUGUCAGCCUGGAGAGAGAGCUGACUCUGGAGGAGGAGAUAGAGGCAGGUAACAUCUACAUCGUAGACUACGAGGUGAUAGACGGCAUCAGUGCUAACUGCACAGACCCGUGCACACUGCAGUACCUGGCAGCUCCGAUCUGUCUUCUCUACAAGAACAUUCAGAACAAGAUCCUGCCCAUAGCCAUACAGCUCGGGCAGACUGCAGGUGAUCACAACCCGAUCUUCCUGCCCACUGAUGGUAAGUAUGACUGGCUGCUGGCUAAGAUCUGGGUUCGCUCGGCUGAUUUCCAGUACCACCAGACCAUCACACACCUGCUCAAGACACAUCUCAUAACAGAGGUGUUUGGUAUUGCCAUGUACAGGCAGCUUCCUGCCGUUCAUCCAGUGUAUAAGCUGCUUAUGCCACACAUUCGUUUUACCAUCGCUAUCAACACCAAGGCCAGGGAGCAGCUCAUCUGUGAGUGUGGCAUCUUUGACAAGGCAAACGCAACCGGUGGAGGUGGUCACGUCCAGCUGAUUCAGAAGGCUAUGAAGUGUCUGACCUUCAGGUCUCUGUGCUUCCCGGACAUGAUCAAGGCCCGCGGUGUGGACAAGAAGGAAGAGCUGCCAACCUACUUCUACAGAGACGACGGCUACAGGGUGUGGGAGGCCACAAAGAGUUUUGUGUCUGAUGUGGUGCAUAUUUAUUACACCAGCGAUGAGACAGUGCAGGAAGACGAAGAAAUCCAGGCCUUUAUUAAAGAUGUGUGCAGCUUCGGUAUGCAGGACUUCGAUUACUGUGAGUUUCCCAAGUCCGUGAAAUCACGUGAAGAGCUGAUAGAGUAUCUGACCGUCGUUGUAUUCACUGCUUCAGCCCAGCAUGCAGCAGUCAACUUUGGGCAGUAUGACUGGUGUUCCUGGAUCCCAAACGCUCCAUCUACCAUGCGACGGCCUCCACCCAACCAGAAGGGCUUGGCAGAUGUGAACAUGAUCAUCGAGAGCCUCCCUGAUCGUGGACGGUCCAGCUGGCAUCUGGGGGCUGUCUGGGCCCUCAGCCAGUACCAGGAGAACGAGCUGUACCUGGGCAUGUAUCCUGAUGAGCACUUCAUAGAGAAGCCAGUGAAGGCGGCCACGGAGAAGUUCAGGAAGCAGCUGACAGAGAUAUCCAGCUCCAUCAAGAGGAGGAAUGAUGGAAAGAAGCUGCCUUACUACAACAUGUCCCCUGACAGAAUCCCAAACAGUGUCGCCGUUUGAGGAAUAAAACUCACUUCUUUGGAAAAGAGGAUUGUCAUGUCCCUACUUGAUAUUUUGCAUUAAGAACGCUGAAGUUCUGCUAACAUUACUGAGUCCAAAUACGCUAUUAGAAAACUAUUUUGUCAUCCGAGUGUGUGAUUUUGAUGUAAAUGCAUAAAUGACAAAAACUAGCCAGCUUCUAAACUGACUGAAUAUUUGUUAAAAUGUUGUUGCAUCAAGUUUCCAAUUUAUAAAUGCAGUGUCAUUUCUAUCUGCUGUGCAAAACAAAAGCUGCUGAAUAAAGUUAAAUUGCUUUACAUUUGAUAAUAACCUUUUAACAGUGUCACUCACAAACAAAUCUUGUUACCAUGACAUUUAAAUUCAGACUGCACAAUAAAUUACACGGCGUACACUG